CGCCGGAGGAAGAGGAGGAGAAGGCGGUGCCUCCCCUCGCUUUCUCCAAAUAAGUCCCGAAAAGGGGCCCUUUCCAGCAGCUGCGUCCAGCGGUGCCGACGUCAGGCCCUCCCCCAGCGGUGCUGACGUCGGCGGCAGGGCCGGGUGACCUCAUCGCCCCGACGGCGGCCGGGCCGGGGGCGGGGAGAGGUGGGGGGCGGACCCGGCGCUGGCAAAGGCUCGGGGGCCGGGGUGCGGCCGCUGCAGCUUUCGCCGGAGCCCAGCCGAGCGCCCGCCCAACGCUGCCCACCGCCCGCUGCGUGCGCCCCCGCGCCUCUGCGCCAUGGCCGGCCUCAACUCCCUGGAGGCGGUGAAACGCAAGAUCCAGGCCCUGCAGCAGCAGGCCGACGAGGCGGAGGACCGCGCGCAGGGCCUGCAGCGGGAGCUGGACGGCGAGCGCGAGCGGCGCGAGAAAGCCGAAGGGGAUGUGGCGGCGCUCAAUCGACGCAUCCAGCUUGUGGAGGAGGAGUUGGACAGGGCUCAAGAAAGACUGGCCACAGCCCUGCAGAAGCUGGAGGAGGCGGAAAAGGCUGCAGAUGAGAGUGAGAGGGGAAUGAAGGUGAUAGAAAACCGGGCCAUGAAAGAUGAGGAGAAGAUGGAGAUUCAAGAGCUGCAGCUCAAAGAGGCCAAGCACAUCGCUGAGGAGGCUGAUCGCAAAUACGAGGAGGUAGCUCGUAAGUUGGUCAUCCUGGAGGGUGAGCUGGAGAGAGCAGAGGAGCGUGCCGAGGUGUCCGAAUUAAAAUGUGGUGACCUGGAAGAAGAACUUAAGAAUGUCACUAACAAUCUCAAGUCGCUUGAGGCUGCAUCUGAGAAGUAUUCUGAAAAGGAGGAUAAAUACGAAGAAGAGAUUAAACUUGUGUCUGAUAAACUGAAAGAGGCUGAGACCCGGGCUGAGUUUGCAGAGAGAACGGUUGCAAAACUGGAAAAGACGAUUGAUGACCUGGAAGAAAAACUCGCCCAGGCCAAAGAAGAGAACGUGGGCUUACAUCAGACACUGGAUCAGACACUAAAUGAACUUAACUGUAUAUAACCAAAGCAGAAGAGUCUUGUUCCAACAGAAACUCCAGAGCUCCGUGUCUUUCUCUUCUCUUGUAAGAAGUUUCUCUUGUUAUUGCACCUACGCUUUGCUGGAAAUGUCAAGCACAUUACGAAUCCGUGGCCAAAUAUUUUGUAUCAGAGAAGCUUUGAGCAUCAGUUAAAUCUAAUUCCUUCCUUUUCUUCAAGUGGCACCAGCUUUCUCAGCUCUAUUUUUAUCCUUAAAUUGCAUUUAUCCCUAAGGUAGGCAGGGUAUUUCAUACUGAGCAUACUCUCUCAGGCCUGAGGGCAUUUGGUUCCUGGGAGAGUAGACCACCUCACACUUUCAAAAACACAGGUGCCAAUAUCUAGUAAUGGGUCAGUUUAAAAGGCUGGCAAAUAUACUCUGGGCUGCUGUCGGUCACACAAUAGGAGGCCAGGGACCAUCACAUUAAAAUGGGUGGGGAUUUGCCAACCAGAACAAAAAAAAAGGGCUAUUGUGGGAAGUCAGAAACCACACAUAGAUUAACCUAGUCAUCCCGGCUCUUUCCCACACUCCACCAUGCCGAACAGACCAUCUCUGAGCAGUCAGCAUGAGAAUGCUUGGGAAACAGUUGUAAUAAUAGGUCACAUAUUUUCUGGAUAGAUCCUUGAUAUUAUGUUCUUUUACAUGUUUCUUUCAUUCUAAAGUAGUUCUCUGAGGAGCAGAUGUCUUAUUCCACUAAUGACCAAUGCUUGUCUGCUCUGAUAGGAGGCCGUCCACUCAGCAGGAAUGAAUAUGGUAAAAUUCGGUCCUAUUCAGAGAAGCUAUGUGAAAAAGACUGCUGUCAAUAAUAAAUAGCCAUCAAUAAUUGAGCAAAAGUGUUUUUUGAUUAACAAAUACCGGGCAGAAGGGGCCUGACAGCAGAGUAGAGAUUACAAAAGUAAUUGGCCUAACUUCAUCUCUAUACUUCAGGGAAUGGCAAAUUGAAGAUUUACUUAUCUAGGACUUUCACUCCUUCUUUGGGACCACAUUUAUAAAAGACCAAGAAACUCCUGAUUAAACUGGAUAUGGAGUAUUUGUACACGGGCCUACACAUUUGGCCCUGUUACAUUUCUGCUUUCUCAGUUAACAUCUCAGAGCUGAAAACAUUCCACAUUCCCCAGCAGUGUGGGGGGCCAACUCAAGUUUACAAUUCUGAGUAAAAAUCACCCUGCUUCUAGCUUAUCCAAAUCCUCUGCCCCUCACUCCUAUUUAUUAAGCAUCACACUACCCAGGAGAUACACUAGCAAAGUGUGCAACUGAGUAAGACCCACACUUUUCAUUUAAAUUCUUGCAACUGUAUCAUAUGUAAUAGUAUCACUUUUCUACAUUUUGGUCAAAUAAAUUUUUAAAUAAACCACAAUUUGCGUGAA